CCUCAGCGCAGCGGCGGAAGCCGGGACGGAGCUCGGCCGCCGCGGAGCGGUGCCCCCCCCCCCCAACAUCACACCCCCCCACACACACCCCCCCACACCGGCGGCGGCUGGGAGCGGGCGGAUGGCGGCGGGGGUGGGCGCGGCGCUGGGCGCGGCGCUGCUGGCGAGGCUGGGCCUGGUGCUGUACGGCCUGCACCAGGACGGGGCCAUGCGGGUGCGGUACACCGACGUCGACUACCGGGUGUUCACCGAUGCGGCGCGGCUGGUGAGCGAGGGGCGGUCGCCCUACCGACGGGCCACCUACCGCUACACCCCGCUCCUGGCCUGGCUGCUGACGCCCAACGUCUGCCUCGCCGAGGUGUUCGGGAAGCUGCUCUUCGUGGCGGGCGACCUGGCGACAGCCGCCGUCGCCUACCGGGCCCUGCGGCGCCGGGGGGCGGCCGCCGGCCGGGCCUGCGGGUGCCUGACCGCCGCCUGGCUCCUUAACCCGCUGCCCAUGGCCGUCUCCACCCGGGGCAACGCCGAGGCCCUGGUCGCGCUGCUGGUGCUCGCCACCUUGUACUUCGCGGAGGGGGGAAGCGUCGGGAAGGCCGCGGCCUGCUACGGGCUGGCCGUGCACAUGAAGAUGUACCCCCUGAGCUACGCGCUGCCCAUCGCGCUCCACCUGCGGGGCCGGCGGGGCGCCGGGCCCCGGGCGGCGGGCACGGCGGGGGCAGGCAGCAAAGCCAAGUGUACCUCCCUGGCCUACCCCUGGCGCCUUCUUGCACAGGCGCUGAACCGCGAUGCGCUGCUUUUUGGAACGGUUGCGGGGUCUGUGCUGGCUGCCUUGACCGUUGCAUUUUAUCGCCUCUAUGGCUGGGAGUUUUUGGAGCAGGCCUACCUCUACCACCUGACCAGGAGGGAUAUCCGGCAUAACUUCUCUCCCUAUUUCUACAUGUUGUACCUAACUGCAGAGAGCGAGUGGAGUUUUGCCCUGGGGCUCGCAGCUUUCCUGCCCCAGCUUCUUUUGCUCCUGGUGGUGUCCGUAGCGUUUUACAGAGACCUUGCCUUCUGCUGUUUCCUACACACGGCUAUUUUUGUGAGUUUUAACAAAGUAUGCACAUCCCAGUACUUUGUCUGGUAUCUCUGCCUUUUGCCCCUCAUAAUGCCAACGGUUAAGAUGACCUGGCAGCGUGCCGUGCUGCUCCUCUUUCUCUGGUUUGCUGGACAAGGCCUGUGGCUUGCCCCUGCGUACUUUCUGGAGUUCAAGGGAUAUAACACUUUUUUACUUGUAUGGUUGGCAGGCUUGCUUUUCCUGUUUAUUAAUAGCCUCAUAAUUGUUCAGGUAAUUUCACAUUAUCAACCAGAAGCACAAGUUUCAAAAAAACUCAAACGACAGUAAUAAACAGGCCAAAGUCUAGAAACAGCCCUACUGUCCUCGAUGAGGCUUUUCAUACCACCAGCACUUUGUUUAAACGUGUACGUUGUACUAGAGGGUGUUCUACGUAAAUGAUACUCUUUUAGGGCUGUGAGGGCACUGAUUGUCCUUAAUUAUCCUGAGCAGCAUCUGUGGGGGUACCUGUCUCCCGCGUGGACCUUGAAACUGCGCCGUAACCUUCUCUCCAGCCCUGUCUCCUGCUGCUCCUGCCUGGACUCCCUGGAAGGACCCCGGACCAGUUUGGCCCUUACCGCGUCUCGGGCUGUGGGUGGACUGUUGCCAGCCCCAGUUUCCGCCUGCCAUCUCCAGACACUCUGUGACUGCGCCCUGGGCAGCACGGGUGUAGCCUGCGCCGGGGCCGCCCUCAGCUCCUGCUUGUACCCCCUCAGAGAGCAGCCCCAAUCUUCGGGCUCCCUGGAACCCUUUUUCUCACUGGUACUUUUACCUGUUCAGGACUGUGGCCUCUGUCUUGGUAAACACAGGCGAUUAUAAAGGGAUGUUGGAGUUUGACAGUUGUACCUUCCAGUAAGCGGGUGGGAUGUUUUUGGAAGGGUUAAGCUAACAAAUGAAUAUAAAGCAAUCACUUAAUGUGUACCCUGGGAUUUAUUUCUUCCUUUUCACAAUAACAUUUUCGCUAUACAGUGUUGGUGGCCUGUACCUGGUCUUUCUUCAGUGAAGUGGGAAAAAAGUGGUUAUUUCAUAUGAGUCAUUAACUCCGUGAAAAUUAUAAUUUAUUUUAGAAUUCA